AUGUGGAUUGUUUCAUUCUGGGUUUUCCCGGUCAUAUCGGCGUUCGUGUGGCUUGCCAUGUUGAUUGCCAUGAUCGCCACAUGGAGCAGAGAAGGCAAACCGAUCUAUAGCGAGGAGGCAGACGGCCAGACCAUUGCAUACAUCUCCGAUAUUGGCGCUUCGGGCUUAAAACCGCUCUUCGUCGCGGGCAGCAUUGUCACCGUCGUCUUCUUGGACCUGGCCUUUUUGUCCGAGCGCUGGCUUCGUCAUGCCGGUCAGCUCGUUCCCAACAAGGGCUGGUUCGAUAAGCUGUGCGCUAUUUUCUCGAUUUUCUUCGCCAUUGCCGGUGCGCUUGGUUUGAUUCUCCUGUCUAUCUUCGAUACCAAGCAUUACAAGCAUCUACACGACGGCUUCCUGGUUAUGUUUAUUGUUGGAUAUGUCAUCAGUGCCAUCUUGAUCUGCGCCGAGUAUCUGCGAUUGGGCAUCUUCUAUCGCUCCCAGCACCGCAUCCUGCUGACCAGCUUCGCCAUCAAGCUGGCCUUUAUCAUUAUCGAGGUCGGUCUGGCCAUCGGCUUCGGUGUCUGCAUGGGAAGCCAUAAGAAGAAGAAUAAGAACCCCGGUGCCAUUCUCGAAUGGGUCAUUGCCUUCGUUUUCACCGGAUACAUCCUCUCCUUCGUCGUCGACCUACUGCCCUCGGUCCGCACUCGACGACACGUACCCCAGGGCGAGAAGCGCAUCGUCAUGGCCCAGGAGGAUCCCAAUGGGUCGGCCAACGUGUCGCUGGAGGAGCCCUUGACGUAUGACUCGCAGGGCCCCAACUUCUACCGCGGCCAGCGCGUUUAA